AUCCCACCUCGCCUCUUCUUCUACAGUUCUAUUUCCCUUACACGCCAACCCCACAAGAUGAACGCUGCGACGAGAGUUUCACGGAGCGGGAUGGCCAAGUUUGCCAACAGCAAGCAGGCCUGGACCACCCCGCUCUCUCGUUCCCUCCACGGAGCGGGCGCGGCCCUCCAGCCGGUGACGAUCAUCGGCCAGCCCUCGAACGUCGUCAGCGACACCACGAUGAUCAAGAAAGUGUGGAACAGCCCCGGUGCGAUGCUCCAGGACAUCUCCAGCCGCAAGUACGGAUCUGCCCUCGGCGUCCAAGUCAGCACUGAUGUCGAGGAGCUUGCGGGCGAGGAGCCCCCGUCGAAAAAGGGCAAGGUGUGCACCGGCCCCAACUGCUGCGACGCGCCCUGCUGCACGAUCCCCGGCAAGUGCACGCUCGAAAACUGCACCGCCGAGACCUGCAUGGCCGAGGAGGACAGCGACGCCGACAGCGCCGUGCAGGAGGUCGGCGCUACCUUCGGAUCGGGCCGUCGCCAGAUGUCCUCCAAGGCCACUGUCCAGGCGGGACCCCCGGAUGGCCACGCCAUGUGGCAGAAGCCUUCGCUCGACAAGGUUAUGGACGCUAACAAGAAGUGGGUGGCCAACGUGAAGGCCGAGGACCCCGACUUCUUCAAGAGGCUGGCGUCCAUCCACACCCCGGAGCACUUCUUCAUUGGAUGCUCCGACUCCCGGCUUUCCGUCGAGGCGAUGCUCGGCUGCGGACCCGGAGAGGUGUUUAUCCACCGCAACAUCGCCAACCAGUUUAUGCACAACGACGUCAGCAUUCUCGCCUCGCUCCACUACGCCGUCGACUACUUGGGGGUGAAGAACAUCAUCCUGUGCGGUCACUAUGAGUGCGGCGGUGUCCGCGCCGCGAUGGCCAACAACGACCACGGACUGGUGGAGAACUGGGUGAUGGGCGUGAAGGAGGUGGCGAGGAUGCACCAGGACGAGCUGAUGGCCCUGGGUGACGACGAGCUUAUCCACCGCCGCCUGGUCGAGCUCAACGUGCAGGAGCAGUGCGUCAAGCUGUUCAACACCCCCAUCCUCCAGAAGGCCCACGCCGAGAGGGGCGGCCCCCACGUCCACGCCGUGAUCUUCGACAUGGCCGAGGGGCUCAUCAAGGAGCUCGAUGUCGACCUCCAGGCGCUCGUGAAGCGGACCUCGCACUUCCAGUCGAUGUACGACUUCUCCGCGCCCGUGGCUGCUCAGUAGCUUGGCGAUUACCACGACGACGAUGCGUUUCGUCACUGCCUUGUCAACAGCUGCUGUGGGCUGCUUCACGAAAUAUCACAACCUGAAGAUGAUCCCGAAGGCCAAUGGCGCCGGACGUAGGCCUUUGGGUACAAGAAGGAAGAGACGUGCUGGUCUUUUGUUGUAGAUUUUUCCCUUUUUACCACAUGGGAUGAGAAAUCAAAGGAGUUGGUACACGGUGCUUUGCACGACAGCGUGAGUCCUUCAAAUUCUGUUCGUACGGCAGAAGGUCAAAUCCAGGUAGCGUAUGCUGCUCGUUUUUUUGCGAAAUCGUUCUGGCGUGCAGGGACACCUCCCGACGUGCAGGGACACCUCCCGAAGGAACUGGCCCAAUAGAUGCUUUACUCGCACACAACGCGUAGACCAGGUUGUCGAUACUAUAGAAAAUUCUGGUAAAUAUCUACGCGGGCAGAAUUGUUUUUUGCCGGGGAAGGGAAGCAUGCGUUGUCGUUUGUGAAAAAUCGCAAAAAAAGCUGUAGAGUUGACGAUGAGGGAUUCGCGUGGACCUCCUGCCUGUACAUUCCAUGAUUUAGAGGAAAAUUUACGAUUCAUAUUCAAAUUUGUACGACGAAUGUUCCAUCCUGCUUUUGGGUUGACGGCCAAGCAAGGAAGGUCGAGAUAUCCAUGGUGAUGCGGCACGAUUACCCGAUUAUUAUCCGUUAACUACGUGGGGUUGGUUGUGUUGACUUCUUCUGUCGUCCUCGUCCAAAUCGAAUCACAAUGAACGAAUGGUGACUGACAUGGUGGAUGAGCCGUCAAGCACCAUGUUGACGAUUUUUGGGAGCACAUACCGGGGGUAAUCAAUCGUGUACACUUCCUA